GGUGGGACUUACGGGGCCGGUUUGCUGCGCCGCUGCAGGAUGCCCCUGCGCUGACCGCCCCGGGCCUGCGCCUGCCCGCGCUAAUGCGGCCGACCCCGCACCACCAUGUAAGCGGCACCUGCAGGUGGAUGCUGGCUUUUCCGCCCGGGACCCCUGAGUCCUGCCUCGGGCCACGGGCCCCUCAAUAACCUCAGGACACACCAUGCUGACCGGGGUGACAGAUGGUUUCUUCUGCUGCCUACUGGGGACACCCCCCAACGCGGUGCGGCCACUGGAGAGCGUUGAAUCCAGCGACGGCUAUACGUUUGUAGAAGUCAAGCCGGGCCGGGUGCUACGGGUGAAGCACGCUGGUCCCGCGCUUAUCCCCACACCGCCGCCGCCACCCGAAGGCGAUACCGGGGUCAAGACGGGCCUUGUGCGUUGCCAGCGCCGCAUCACGGUGUACCGCAAUGGGAGGCUGGUGGUGGAGAAUCUGGGCCGCGCGCCACGCGCAGACCUGCAAGGGCGCAGUGGCUCUGGGGACCCGCCCGCUGCUCUCGAGGUGGAGCUGGCAGAGCCCGCAGGGGGCGACGCCCGGGCCACCCCAGGCAGUGGGCGACGAAGGCGCCCCCGGCGUCCCAAGAGGACCAUCCACAUCGACUGCGAGCAGCGCAUCACCAGCUGCAAGGGCGCGCAGGCUGACGUGGUGCUGUUCUUCAUCCACGGUGUGGGAGGCUCUCUUGCCAUCUGGAAAGAACAGCUGGACUUCUUUGUGCGACUUGGCUAUGAGGUGGUGGCACCUGACCUGGCGGGUCACGGGGCCAGUUCUGCGCCACAGGUGGCAGCUGCCUACACAUUUUACGCACUUGCGGAGGACAUGCGGGCCAUCUUCAUGCGCUACGCCAAGAAGCGCAAUGUGCUCAUUGGCCACUCUUACGGUGUCUCCUUCUGUACUUUCCUGGCCCACGAGUACCCAGAUCUUGUGCACAAAGUGAUAAUGAUCAACGGCGGAGGCCCCACAGCGCUGGAGCCCAGCCUCUGCUCCAUUUUCAACAUGCCCACGUGCGUCCUGCACUGCCUGUCGCCCUGCCUGGCCUGGAGUUUCCUCAAGGCCGGCUUUGCUCGCCAAGGGGCUAAAGAGAAGCAGCUGCUGAAGGAGGGCAACGCAUUCAAUGUGUCCUCCUUCGUGUUACGGGCCAUGAUGAGUGGCCAGUACUGGCCGGAGGGCGAUGAGGUCUACCAUGCGGAGCUGACGGUGCCCGUGCUGCUGGUGCAUGGCAUGCAUGACAAGUUCGUGCCUGUGGAGGAGGACCAACGCAUGGCUGAGAUCCUGCUGUUGGCCUUUCUCAAGCUCAUCGAGGAAGGCAGUCACAUGGUGAUGUUGGAGUGUCCCGAGACAGUGAACACGCUGCUGCACGAGUUCCUGCUGUGGGAGCCGGAGCCAGAGGUGGGGCCACAGCCCGAGCCACAGCCAUUGCAGCCAGAGCCGACUCCAGGCGAGAAGUGACCAGCGGCUGCAGGCCUCCUGGAUCUUGUGUAGCUAAGGUUCCCUUGGACCCGGCAUGGGCUGAAUGGGUGGGGCCUCAUGCCAAUGGGCGGGGCCUAUAUAGACCACGCCCCAGGGCAGGCCGGCCAUAGCCAGAGUUGGAGACUCAGUGCCCAGUACAGCCACGCGUGGCUGCAGGGCGUGACCUUGUACAGAGUCCCCUCUCUGCCUUCCCAAGUCCCUCAUGCUGUAGCGGGUGGGCUGCCACCCCGCUGGAUCUUUCCCUCCGCUGUGCUCCACUCCGCACCUGGAAGCCCCCCGAGGGGAGCUCUGGAGAGGGGUUCCCAUUCAGUCCUGGUGGACCUGCUGCGUUGCCUGCAUUCCUUGAGACUGGGAGCUGGCACGCAAGGAGGGAGUGGCCCGAGCCACAAAUACCCGCACAUGGCAACUUGUAACUCAAUUAAAAAAGUGACAAUCCAAA